AUGACCACUCUUAAACCAACCGAUACUCCGCCAAAGGAGGCUGGAAAGGCGUAUGCGCUGGGCUCCUUAUGUGGAGAAGUAUACUAUAUUCCAUUUUCAAAGUCCGCAAUGCGUUUGCUUGUCACAGGCGAAGUCAGCGAGGGAGCAAUCGCUCUUGUGAGUACUGGUGGUUCCAAGUCGGAUCCGAUUGGGUUCCAUUAUCAUCGUGAAGCACAUGACGUGUUCCUGUGUCUCAAGGGCCAUAUCAAUAUAUGGGCUGAUGAUCAAGCACGCACUAUGGGCCCAGGCGACUUUGCCAGUGUCCCUCCGGGAAUCACCCACCAAUAUCAGAUUGUAGGAGACCAUUCUGAGUUCAUUGGUAUUAUUGUACCCGGCGGCUGGGAGGAAUUCUUCCGGUUUCUGGGAGAACCGUACGCAGGAGCAAUGUGGCCAAUGACGGACGACCGCAACCCGAUGGAAGUUCUGAUUCCGCGGCUAAAGGAGGCCGCCGAGCGCUUUGAUAUGGUGCCUCAGCCACAUCUCAAAUCGUUUGAGAUACAGCCUUGGGCGGAUGAGUGGGAGAACAAUGCCCUUCCAGGAGCUGUCCGCCCAUACUUUCUGCGAGCGGGCAAUGGGCCGGCUUACCAGCUCGGUGGAUCUGUGGUUCGCGUUCUGGCUUCAUCUAAAGAAUCAGGCGGGAGAUUUGCUAUUGGGAGCCUCGAAGGGUCGUCGUUCCAUCGCAAUGAAGUUCUCGCUGUCGGGCUAGUGUUCCCGUCCGUGCAUCACGCAUUCCAUGUCGUGGAGGGUACGAUCGAGUUUCACGUUGACGGAGUGUCGGUGGGUCUCACCGCAGCGGAGACCCUUUAUGUGCCAAAGGGUAAGAAGUGCCAAAUUCGCUUUGUAAGUCGAUACGCCAAAACCUACGUUUUUGCGAGUGGGGGAGGGUUAGUGGAACUAUUUGUCAAGGAGGGGAGCCCUUACUCGUCACCUAUCAUCCCUGAGACGGAGGCACUUGUGGAAUUGGGACACAUCCAGCAGGUCAAUUAA